AUAGUUAAUAUCACAUAUAAAGAUAAUGUUUAAAAAUUUUUUAUCAAUGCUAGGGCCUGGUACAAUGCCUUUUCCUUUUUGGAUGCCUCAGCAGCAACAACAGCAGCAGCAGCAACAACAAACAGCUGCAACAGGGGAAACAACUGAAGAAACUCCUUCGACAUCUGGAAGUAAUACUUCUAGAUCAAAUAAUCAACCAUCAUCUUUCAUUCCGCCAUUUCCAUUCCUCCCUUUUUUUAUUCCGCCACCGCCUCCAGCUCCUGCCACAGAUCUUAAGAGAUUGUCUUUAGAAGAGUUGCAGAAUAUGGAGGGACAUGAACGCGAAAAUGUGGAAGCUCGUAUCCAAUGCCUUCGAAAUAUUCAAACUCUUUUAGAUGCAGCUGUCUUGCAAAUGCAGCAAUAUAGCACUUUGGUUGCUUCAUUAAGAAGUAAAGAGCCUUCUACUAUAAAUAAAAGUUCACAUCCUGAAGGAGCAGAAUCAUCGUCUAAUAAUGAUAAUACAGCCAGUACUUCAGAUACUCCUCAACCUUUCGAUCCUCAAGCCGAAGUCAGAAGGAGAAGGUUGCAGAGGUUUACUCAAUCUUCACACAACAUUCCCGAACAAACUACGUCGGAUAACGAUAACAAUCAGACCGAAAACGAAUAUUCCAGGCAUAGCGAUUGAUCUCUCUGCAGUACUCUAAUUUGGAUAUGAAUAAAUUAAAAUAUGGGGAAGUUUUUGUUUUCUUUUAGUUGAAAAUCAUCAGAAUAAAAUUUAAUGUAUUUUCAAUUUAGAUAUAGCUUGUGUUGUAUAUUUUGCAAAAUUUUAAUGCAUUAUAUUUCUAAUUUAUAUUUCUGAAAGUAUUCUCCUGGUUCAUUGUCAAUUUGACAACAUAUGUAUAUUAUUCAAAAUAAUAAUUUUCUUUUAUUCUCAUCGGAGAUAAAUAUUUUUAUUUAAUGAAUUAAAUAGGUGAAAAAAUAUUAAUAUUUUUCUGGAAGUAUUUAUAUUUCUGUUACUUAAUUGGAAAUUUGUUUACAUAAUUUGUUCCAUUUUGAAGUAGUUUACAUUAAUGAAUAAAAGUCUCCACAAAACGGAAACUGGAAAGUGUGGUUAGUUAGUCGGCCUCGUGAAAAAAGAACUCGAUUGCCGAUAUGUAUUUUUUGAAUAGAAUAACGAUAAUCUUUUAUUAUAGGUUGCACUUAAAACUCAAUAUAACGAAACCCGAUUUGAUUGUGUGCAAUUUAC